ACGCAUGCGCCGCGGCCGGCCCCGUCCGGUUCUACCGUGCUGGCGGCGGCCGCUGCAUCUACGUGUCGGUACGGGUGGCCGCGCGGCCCUGGGAUAGCCUUCCGAAGAUGCCAAAUGAAGGAAUCCCCCACUCAAGUCGAACUCAGGAGCAAGACUGUUUACAGAGUCAGGAUGUCAGUGAGAGUGAAGAAGCGACAAUCAAGCAGGAAAAUGGUGUCGGUGUGGAGCUGGGGGAGAGCCUCCUCUCUUCUUCUGCUGACGGACCAUCCUGUUCCGCUGAGGGGUGCCCUGCAGAAGUUCCGAGGAGAGGGCCAGCCCUCCUGCACAUCGAUAGACAUCAGAUCCAGGCAGUGGAGCCCAGCGCACAGGCUCUGGAGCUGCAGGGAUUGGGUGUGGACGUCUACGACCAGGACGUGCUGGAGCAAGGUGUGCUUCGGCAGGUGGACAGCGCCAUCCAGGAGGCCAGCCGCACAGCCCAGCUUGCUGACGCGGAGAAGGAGUAUCGAUCAGUCCUGGACGACCUCACGUCAUGUACAACAUCCUUAAGGCAAAUUGAUAAAAUUAUCGAACAACUUAGCCCUCAAGCUGCUACCAACAGAGACAUCAACAGGAAACUUGAUUCUGUAAAACGACAGAAAUACAACAAGGAACAACAGCUCAAGAAGAUCACAGCAAAACGGAAACGUCUCCAGGCCAUCCUUGGAGGAGCAGAGGUACAAGUUGAAAUAGAUCAUGCCAGUCUGGAGGAGGAGGAGGAUGCAGAAAAUGAUAGUAAAUUUUUAACUCGGUCCGAUACAGGCUCCUGGUGCACAAGCGGGCCGUCCUGCCUUGGCAGCAUGCUCAUGCCUGUGCAGGAGGCCGCUUGGGAAGAGCUCGUCCGCACUGGCCAGAUGACACCUUUUGGUACCCAGAUCCCUCAGAAGCAGGAGAAAAAGCCCAGAAAACUGAUGCUCAAUGAAGCAUCAGGCUUUGAAAAGUAUUUGGCAGAUCAAGCAAAACUGUCUUUUGAAAGAAAGAAGCAAGCCUGUAAUAAAAGAGCAGCUAGAAAAGCUCUGGCCUCAGUCACUUCUGAGCCCAGCUCAACACGCAGUGAAAACAAACCGGACAAGAAAGGCACAGUUCUCUUGAAAAAAGAUAAGCGCUUGGAGAAGCGCAUAAGGAAACUCCAGAAGAAGGCCCUUCAGUUCCAGGGGCAAGUGGGACUGCCAAAGGGAAAGAGACACUUGGAGUAUGACAUGCGGCCCGAGGCAGAGGGAGCCUCUGAGGGUGAAGAGUCGGAGUACUUGCCCUCGGAGGAGGAGCCACAGGAGGCGGCGGGGGCCGACCUCUCCGAGGAUGAACGGAGGCGGGUGCUCAGUCACCGGAAACGGCAGAAGAAAGUCACAGUGCAGGACAUUGAUGAUGACUUUUUUCCAAGUUCUGGGGAAGAAGCUGAAGGCACAGGAGGGGGCGGAGGAGGUCGGAAAGUAGCAAGAUGCCGAGACGAUGGAGAUGAAGAUUAUUAUAAACAGCGGUUAAGGAGAUGGAAUAAACUGAGGCUGCAGGACAAAGAGAAAUGUUUGAAGCUUGAAGACGAUUCUGAGGAAAGCGAUGCUGAAUUUGAUGAAGGUUUUAAAAUGCCGGGUUUUCUGUUCAAAAAGCUUUUUAAGUACCAGCAGACAGGUGUUAGGUGGCUGUGGGAAUUGCACUGCCAGCAGGCAGGAGGAAUUCUGGGAGACGAAAUGGGAUUGGGCAAGACCAUCCAGAUAAUUGCCUUCUUGGCAGGUCUGAGCUACAGCAAGAUCAGGACUCGUGGUUCAAAUUACAGGUUCGAGGGAUUGGGCCCAACUAUAAUCGUUUGUCCAACGACAGUGAUGCAUCAGUGGGUGAAGGAAUUUCACACGUGGUGGCCUCCAUUCAGAGUGGCAAUUCUGCACGAAACUGGUUCCUUUACCCACAAAAAGGAGAAACUAGUUCGAGAUAUUGCUCAUUGCCAUGGCAUUUUGAUCACUUCUUACUCCUACAUUCGACUGAUGCAAGAUGAUAUUAGCAGGCAUGACUGGCACUACGUGAUCCUGGAUGAAGGACACAAAAUCCGAAAUCCAAAUGCUGCCAUCACCCUUGCUUGCAAACAGUUCCGCACCCCUCAUCGCAUCAUCUUGUCUGGCUCACCGAUGCAGAAUAACCUCCGCGAGCUGUGGUCGCUCUUUGACUUCAUCUUCCCAGGAAAGCUGGGCACGUUGCCCGUGUUCAUGGAGCAAUUCUCAGUCCCCAUCACCAUGGGAGGCUAUUCCAACGCUUCCCCGGUACAGGUUAAAACUGCUUAUAAGUGUGCAUGUGUCCUACGAGACACCAUAAAUCCAUACCUUCUGCGGAGAAUGAAGUCAGAUGUCAAAAUGAGCCUUUCUUUGCCAGAUAAAAAUGAACAGGUCUUAUUUUGCCGUCUUACAGAUGAGCAACAUAAAGUCUACCAAAAUUUCAUUGAUUCCAAAGAAGUUUACAGAAUUCUCAAUGGAGAGAUGCAGAUUUUCUCUGGACUUGUAGCCCUAAGAAAAAUCUGCAACCACCCUGAUCUCUUUUCUGGAGGCCCCAAGAACUUUAAAGGUAUUCCAGGCGAGGAACUAGAGGAAGAUCAGUUUGGAUACUGGAAACGUUCUGGGAAAAUGAUAGUUGUUGAGUCCUUGUUGAAAAUAUGGCACAAGCAGGGCCAACGAGUAUUGCUAUUUUCUCAGUCCAGACAGAUGUUGGACAUACUUGAAGUAUUCCUUAGAGCCCAAAAGUAUUCCUAUCUCAAGAUGGAUGGUACCACUACAAUAGCUUCACGACAACCUCUGAUCACAAGAUACAAUGAGGACGCAUCCAUAUUUGUGUUUCUUCUGACCACUCGGGUGGGUGGCCUAGGAGUCAUGACGGGGGCAAACAGAGUCAUCAUCUAUGACCCCGACUGGAACCCAAGCACAGACACACAGGCCCGGGAGCGAGCAUGGAGGAUAGGCCAGAAGAAGCAGGUGACGGUGUACAGGCUUCUCACUGCGGGCACCAUUGAAGAAAAGAUUUACCACCGACAAAUCUUCAAGCAGUUUUUGACAAAUAGAGUGCUAAAAGAUCCAAAACAAAGGCGAUUUUUCAAGUCCAAUGAUCUUUAUGAGCUGUUUACUCUGACCAGUCCUGAUACAUCCCAGAGCACUGAAACAAGUGCUAUUUUUGCAGGGACUGGGUCAGAUGUUCAGACACCCAAACGCCAUUUAAAAAGAAAAUUUCACCCCGUCCUUGGAACAGACCAGAACGUUGCAAUGGGCAAAAAGCUCCCUGAUUUGAACGCAUCUGCAAAUGAUGCCACGCCAUCUGAAGAGAAAUCUAUAGCUAUGGGAGCUGAAAUAAAUGCAGCAACUUCUAAUCAAGAGGAUCCUUUGAAAGAUGCCCCUCAGACACCUCGUAGUCUAACCAGCAGUGACAGACUUGGAGGAGAGACAGAUGCGGAGUCCAGACUACAGGAGUCCUCAGGGAUUCGAGGAAAUGGGGAGUGUUCAGACUCUACAGGAGUCGGCAAAAUGUGCAGGACUCCUGGUGAGGACAGCAUCGAAGAAGAGGAGGGUCUUUCUGAUAAAAGAGAAAGCUGCCAGGUUCAAACAGAACCCCUUUGGGAGAAUGGACAAACGGACACUAGUUUUCAGAAACACAAGUCAAAAACAAAACACCGUGUGACGGAAGAAGAGACCCUGGAGAAACACCUGAGGCCAAAGCAAAAGCCUAAGAACUCCAAGCACCGCAGAGACGCCAAGUUUGAGGGAACCCGAAUUCCACACCUAGUGAAGAAGAGGCAGUACCAGAGGCAAGACAAUGAAAAUGAGAGCGAGGUCAAGGAACGCAGCAAUGACGACUAUGUUCUGGAAAAGCUUUUCAAAAAGUCAGUGGGCGUGCACAGCGUCAUGAAGCAUGAUGCCAUCAUGGACGGAGCCAGUCCAGACUACAUGCUGGUGGAGGCGGAGGCCAACCGCGUGGCCCAGGAUGCCCUUAAAGCACUGAGACUCUCGAGGCAGCGGUGUCUGGGAGCGGCGUCUGGUGUUCCCACCUGGACCGGUCACAGGGGGCUUGCUGGUGCCCCAGCAGGAAGAAAGAGUAGAUUUGGUCAGAAAAGGAACUCCAACUUCGCUGUGCAGCAUCCUUCUUCAGCAUCUCCAAAGGAGAAAAGCCAGGACGGCAUUCUGAAAAAGGAUGGAAAAGACAGUGUUUCUGAGCAUUUUAGUGGAAAAGUGGAAGAUGCAGAACUUUCAUCCGGGGCCCUCACUUCCUCCUCACUGUUGGCGAAAAUGAGAGCAAGAAACCACCUGAUUUUGCCAGCGCGCUUAGAAAGUGAGAGUGGGCACGUUCCAGAGGCCUCUGCCCCGCUGCCCUCCAGCACGGAACACGAUGAGCUCCUGGUAGAAAUGAGGAACUUCAUUGCCUUUCAGGCCCAAGUCGACGGCCAGGCCGGCACUCGGGAGAUACUGCAGGAGUUCGAACCCAGGUUAUCGGCAUCACAGUCUUGUGUCUUUCGAGAACUGUUGAGAAAUCUGUGCACUUUUCAUAGAACUUCUGGUGGGGAGGGAAUUUGGAAACUCAAGCCAGAAUAUUGCUGAUCAGCAUGACUUCCUGAGCUUUUAAUUGACUUUUUCUAGCAGAGAUUUCUGGUUAUUAAUCUAACAAUUAAUAAUCAUAUGUUUUGUCAAUGAAAGUGGACUGCAUUUGAUGUUUACUUUGAAUGAUAACUACCUCAUACUUUAAACUUUAAGGACGAAGAAAUUCUUCUCUGAAACUUACGUUUUAAAAAAAUACCUGGAUUUUUUUUUUUUCCCCAAAAUGAAUUAUGUUAUAACAGGGACCUAACCAAUAAUCCUUGGAAUAUAUAUUUAUUCUUUUACCCAGAAGUUGCUUCAGGGAACACAUUAUUACUCAUUUAGAAGUUUAUAGAGCAGAACUCCUCAAGAAUUCCUCCUUUUAAUUUUUGCCUGCAUCCAUGGCAUUUGGAAGUUCCCAGGCCACGGAUCAAAUCUGAGCUGCAGCUGCGACAUACGUUGUAGCCACGGCAACACCAGUUGCUCAACCUGUGGUGCCACAGUGGGAACUCCCAAGAAUUCUUUUUGGUGCUAAAAACAUGUCUUAUAUUCAGUUAGACCUGUCUAGUAAGUCAGUUCAUCAGUAUGUGAUUACAGCUCUGUUUUUAGUACCUAGCUUUUAAAUGUUUAAAUUGAUCAUUGAUCACUCAAGAAGAGACCAGAUUUGUUACCUUUUGAAUCAUAUUAGUUGCCUUUAAACGACCUUCCGUUUAAGGUGCUCGUAAAUUGACAGGUAUUUUUAUUGGUAAAGCAUGGAAUAGCUUGGUAAUAAAUGAUGAGACAUGUCUUUGCAGAAAGUUAUAGUUUCCUCAGUGGCUUUAAACAAAGGGUACUUCUCCUCACACCUCCCACCCCCUUGGGUGACUGUUUGUUUUAGGAAAAUGAAAUGUAUUGUCUUAUUAAAAAAAAAAAAAAAAAAACCCAAGCAGAACCAAAAGUAAGUAUAAAUAAAACUACCAACACAGGCACAUGCUCACAAACAUCACUCCAGACCACACCAGGAUCUACUGUCAUCCCCCAUUCUACCCUCCACCUUCCAGACCGCUCUGCUUACAUGCUGGGAGGGAACCUUGAACAUACUAAAUGUUACUCAUUACCUGCCUUUCUCAGGAUUCUAGUAACUUAGAAUCAGGCAUCAUUGUUUUCCUUCUGUCCAGUCGUUUUCAUCUCUCUUUCCCCUUUGCAUUCACCAUUGACUCUCCUGUUUUAGAGGUUUGGUUUUCAGCUGCACCUGUUCUGUUUCUGGCUGUUGUUAACAUGUUUAGAGUUUGGUGCUGGUGUUGUCUCGGUCCACAGUUUGUUUUCUUAGCCUUGUUUUCCUUUCCUUCUCAUUGUUAUUUUAUCAUGUCAGCUCUGAAGCCUUGUUUUCUUAAAUUCAUUGGAUUUCUUAAAUUCUUUGGAUUCCUUAAAUGUCUUCUAGAGCUAUCACAGUGCAGUUUGUUUCUUGGAUUUGUUUCCUCAGGCGUGCUGUUUCCCAGGUUUUUCUGUAUCAUGCUUGCCUUCCUCCCAUGCCAUUUCUUCGUAUCUUACUCAGCUGAGAGUGGGCAGCUGGGUGCAGGUCUCCUGUAUGCUCUUCCCUGCCAUCCAGAGAGAAGGGGUCGGGGAGAGCUGCUGCUGGGCAGCUUGUGGUUGGAGGACUUGGGUUUUACUUUUCUAUUCUGAGAUUUUGCUCAAUAGCUUGGGCUGUGAAUCCCUCCCCUUUGACAGGAGAUGUCAUAAUCAGUCAUAAUUCUUACUGGGAUUUUCUACCUUUUUUUUUUUUUUUGGAUUCUGGCUUGUUCAUUUUAUUCAGUUUUUAGAACAAUUCAUUAUUAGAGGAGGAAGAUUUCUAUUGUUUUCUUCAUCCUGCUGUCAUUAUCUAGAAAUAAUAGGAGAGACUUCUAAACAGGUCAUCAGUACAUCCUAAACUUGACAGCUUGGCUCAGAAGGGAGUCAAAACUCAUGACUUUUGUUCCUGGGAAGUUUUUUUGUGUUUUUGUUUUUAGGGAUGCACCCACAUCAUAUGGAAGUUCCCAGGCUAGGGGAUGAAUCAGAGCUGCAGCUGCUGGCCUGCACCACAGCCACAGCAAGGUAGCAUCUGAGCUGGGUCUGUGACCUACACCGCAGCUCACAGCAGCACCAGAUCCUUAACCCACUGAGUGAGGCCAGGGAUCGAACCCAUGUCCUCAUGGAUACUAGUCAGGUUUGUUACUACUGAGUCACAACAGGAACUCCAAGUUUUUUGCUUUCGUUUUGUGAUCAGUAAUUAGCCUAUGGGAAAAUUGCAUCCCUCUUGUUCUUGAGUUGAGGUACUGAUGCAGUUCACGAGUGUGAAGCACUUGGGCAUCAUAGCUCUGUUGUCAGAAAUCUAAACUGUACUGAGCGAGGGAAGUUGUAGCCUUCUCAUCAGGCAGAAGAUGCCAUCAAAUGUUAUGAGGCAAAAAAAAAAAAAAAAAGUCAGGAUGCCGUCACGGCAAGGUGGUCCUCACUCCAGGCCGUGUCUCAGCUCUGCCACCAGCAAGGCUAUGGCCUUGGGUAGUCACUGGCUUGCCUGUUGGUAUCUGUGACCAUUGUCAUCAUGCCUCUGGGUGGACAGACUCAGAGGCAGAUGCUCUGGUGUGAUGGUUUUAAUAGAGUAACUUAUUCAUUUAGAGAAAAUUAACUUUUGGAAUUUUAAAAGCUUUGUACAAUGUAGAUUUAAUAUAUUUAACAUGCUAUAUUGGUAAUAAGCUAUAGUAAAAGAUUUUAAACUUCUGUGAAAUUUUUAUAAUUCUUUAGUUAAUACAUGAAUGCACUAUCACUGUUUAAGACGUUUUAAGCAAUACUCUGCCUCCCCACUACUCUUGUUCCUAUUCAGGAGAUAAGUGCUAUAUUUGGCAUGUAUUCUUCCAGGCUAUUUUCCUUGCCUUUACAGGCACAUGUGGCAGAGGCUGCUGCUAUAAUGUCAUUUUCCCUUCUCCUUUACUGAUAAGUCUUGAUUUUUACCUGGACAUGUGGUUGCUCAGCUCAAACCCUGCUUCCCAGCCUACCUUAUAGUUCAUUGUAGCCAUGUGACCAGGCAAUGGGCUGUGAAGAGAAUGUUCAGAUGGGACCCAUAAAUAAGGGAUCGGGCGUCCCCUCUUCUCCCCUUAUGCUGGCUGAGAUGCAUGUGGGAGCUUAAGCGGUGACGUGAAGUGGGCAGAAGUCAUGUCCUGAGGAUGCCAGUCUUGAGCGCUUUCCUUUCACCUAUUACUUGAGAGCAAAAUAAACUCCUGACUUGCUUAAACCACUGUCUUUUGGAGUUUUUUUUUUUUUUUUUUUUUUUUUUGCUUUUUUAGGGCCGUAUCUGUGACAUACGGAAGUUUCCAGGCUAGGAGUGGAAUUGGAGCUACAGCUGCUGGCCUACACCACAGCCACAGGAUCUGAGGGAUCUGAGCCCCGUCUGCAACUACACCACAGCUCAUGGCAAGACCAAAUCCUUAACCCACUGAGCGAGGCCAGGGAUUGAACCCACGUCCUCAUGGAUACUAGUCAGGUUCUUAACUGCUGAGCCACAACAGGCACUCCCAUAAGUGACAUUUUAAAAUCACAUUUCCUAGUUGAUAAGAGUAUCGUUGGGUUUUACAUAUUGGUCUUGUAUUUAGCAACCUUGCUGAAUUCUUUCAUUAAUUGUGGUAAGUCUAUAAAUUGUCCUAUUUGUAACAAUCAUGUCAGCUGCAAAUAAUAACAGUUGAAUUUCUUCCAUUCCAAUACUUAACACUUUAUAUGUCUCCAAUAUGAUAGUAAAUAUAAAUGUCAACGCUUCACCUCCUUGCUUUAUUCCUGACGUUGAAGAUAAACUUGUAAAAUUUUGCCAUUAAAUAUGCAGUUGCUGUUGUUUCUGGCAGAUGGUCUUUAUCAAGUUAAGGAAAUGCUCUUUCCAGCCGCAAAUCCAGUGCUGAAUUUUAUUAAAUGCGUUUUCUGCA